AUGGCGGAAGCAGAGCGGCCUCUCGAAGAGGAUUGGGAGAAGCAUCAAUCAAAGGCUUGGUCCCUGCCGCCGUAUAAUACCGGAGCCAUCAGCAGCCCAGACGAAGACAACCAACCUUCUCACGCACUGAAUAUUCCUUCCGGAUUCAGCAAAGACCCAACCUCACUUGUUAUUGAGGUUAGUUCCUCUACUCCACAACCCGCGGUUCCUCCUACCUCGUUGUCCCCUGGUCAAAAUACCCAAACUCCUAGUAUAUCUGCUUCUUUGCCCUCAGGCCCAUCUCAACAAGCACGAGGAGCCGGAUCCAGUCAGCAGAAAAUCAGCAUCCCAGCUCCUGUCGUACCGUCAAGGAGUUUUCCUCGUCCAUCUCGCUCAUGGGGUGGAAAGAAAUCUACCCGGCAGAGUACUAAUACCAGCGGUCCACCGAUCCAAGCCCAGGUCUCCCCCCUCGCGGGUGGUGGUGCCAGAUCUCACCAGCCUGUCAGAACCCAAAGGUCGUCGCCAUCGGUUAUCCAGCCCCAAGCUACUGGAACACAGCGAUCAACAGUCAGCCAAGCCUUUCGUCGCCUGGGGACUAACAUUUCCACUCAGAGCGUCCAGGGGCGCGUUGACUCUGCUGCAAAAGACUCUCUCGGUAAGGCAAAAUGGCGUGCCGGCGCAACUCCCGAUGGUAAAAUCACCUGGCGUACUUUUAUCACAACUUCUGACAAUUAUUCAGGUUAUCUCCGGUUGCCGCUUACUAUCGACCGUUUCCAGGAGAUAAUCACGCAGUUGACAAAGGAAACUGCACAACCCGUUACGAACUUCCGUGAUUUCAUUGUUAACGCUACCGGUGCUUAUCUUACAGUGAGAUAUCAGGGUGUACCGGUAGUUCUCAUUUGGGGAGAUGUAAACCAGGUGUUGGCCGCCCAUACGCUCCUUCACACAUUUGUUACCCAGGUCAAUCAGCUGCAAGAAACCAGUAAAGUACCCGGAUGGACCCGUAUCAAGUCUCACUCGACCAUUAAGGUUGAUAUUGCCAACACAAAGGAUGCCCAGACUUCCCAACUGGAUGGAUUGCGAAAGGCGCCAAAAGUUGUGGCUGAUAGCACGGUCUGUUUACCGUGGCCUCCAAAUAGUCCAUCCCUGGAGCAUUGCCUGUCAUCACGUCGCAAGCUUCUUGAUAGCAUUCGUCUUCACUGUGGUAUGAACAUCUACACCAAGCCUGGUGCAUGGGAGAAUCUGUACUUUUCUGGGGGUAACGAAGGCGAUCUCUUGGGAAUGGUAAGCCGUUCUCGGGACUUGUGGAGGACACUGUCUUUGCAAUGCGAGACCGAAAUCAAAGUGUUCCUCGUCGAGCCACCUCCCCCCGAAAUCAUGAGAAAGGACGUCACCAUGAAGGAAUAUUCUGAUAUGGCCAAGCCCUAUCUCUCUGGAUUGAAGCUACCCAUCGAGCAAGCUGUGCCUUGGGAGAAAAAGAGAGGCGAGGCUAGACAGGAUAACAAAGUCAUCAUCGUUGAUUGCUUGAAGCGAGCGCUGCACCUCGUCCCUCAUUUCCACAGUUUCCGACAAAUGCGAGGAAAGUUCGGUUCGUUCGUGCUGAAGGGUUAUCGAAAGACCGAAGGUGCAGAUGGCCCAUUUCUGUUUCCUGACUUCCGUGACAUGGUCGCCGACACGAACGCUGAAGGCCGCCUGCUUCCCGGACUCCGACUUUCGCAGAAUCAGAUCAUCAGCCGCGUCAUGGGCGCAGGACAUCUCCUCGUGCCCGCGGGUACUAUACCACUUCGUCGCCUUACGAAGAUCCAGCCCCGAUUCUCGGCCAGUUUCGAAUACAAGAUCAAAAACAAUCAUGCUGUGCGCAUUGAAGCGAACUAUUCGCUGCCGCGCGGAAGCGAAGAAUUCGAGGUCAAUGAUAUUCGUUGCUUCAAGCCUCGGAGUAUUGGCGGCCCUGGAGAACAGGAAAUGCCGAUGCAAAUCGGCAUGAUUGACUUUGAAAGAUCCGACUGGCAAUUAGAGAUCAAAGCACUGGAAAUGCUAGAAGAGGAGGAUACACCUCCCGAGGUAGAGGCUUUCAAGCGCAAGCUGAGCUUCGUGUGGAACGAGAGUGCCCACAGCAUCACCUCUGUGCCAGAACGCAUGUCAAAGUUCCCUCUUGGUGCACCGCUGAGCUGGUUUGUUGAGAAGGCUGCGAUUGAGUUUCACGUCAGGGGAACCAACCUUGUGUUUGAGCUCGCCCGCUUCGUGAAGUACACUGUGACAAACGGCAGGAUUUUAGAGACUCUCGAUGUGUCUUGGGGCGGCUCGCUUUUCGAUCCCGAUUGGGAUGUCAUGCUCGGUGAAAAUACUGAGCUCGACGGCAACCAAUUCACGCGAGAGGCUUGCCUCUGUACAUUUUUCCCGCCGGCCGAAGGAGCGAAGGUUGAUGAGGAUGUGCAGCUUGGCGUGUUCAUGAGUGCGCUGCGGCAGAUUGCCCGGGUGUUAGGGUCUGCUGACUCUGCCGUGACCAAUGUCCUUGAUUGCGACGUUGGCACUUUGUUCUAG